GCUUGAUUUCCAUCAGAAGUCAUUAAAUCGAUUCCAAUUUGUCAAACUUCUUCCGAUGGCCGUUUUCAGUCCGAGCUGUUCUUCAACUUCCCCACUCCUCUCCUUCAAAUCCUCGCCGUCAAAUUCGCCGUUACCCAACGUCUCUUUGUUCCCUUCUAAUCGCCGUAGUUUUUUCCGAAUUCGGUCCUCUCUCAGAGUGAAAGCAGCCGUCAGCGUCGAGUUUCCGUCGUCUUCCGCCACCGACCGCGGGGAUGACUCGCCGAAGAUUUUGCUUGAAGUGAAGGAUCUCUCCGCCGUCAUAAAGGAGUCAAAGCAGCAAAUUCUCAAAGGCGUUAACCUCACUGUCCGCCAAGGCGAGGUACAUGCUGUAAUGGGUAAGAAUGGUUCUGGAAAGAGCACUUUUGCCAAGGUUCUUGUCGGGCAUCCAGAUUAUGAAAUUACGGGAGGCAGUGUGUCAUUUAAAGGUGAGAAUCUAAUUGAAAUGGAACCCGAGGAAAGAUCUCUUGCCGGUCUUUUUAUGAGCUUCCAGUCCCCAGUUGCCAUACCUGGCGUUAGCAAUAUUGACUUUCUUAACAUGGCAUAUAAUGCUCAAAGAAGGAAACUUGGACUGCCAGAGUUGGGACCAAUCGAGUUUUAUGGGUACGUUGCGCCGAAGCUUGAACUUGUCAACAUGAAGAUAGACUUCUUGAAUAGAAAUGUAAAUGAAGGAUUCAGUGGUGGAGAAAGGAAGCGCAAUGAGAUUUUGCAACUAGCGGUUCUUGGGGCCGACUUGGCAAUAUUGGAUGAGAUUGAUUCUGGUUUAGAUGUUGAUGCACUUCGAGACGUAGCAAAGGCAGUAAAUGGACUUUUGUCGCCAAAGAAUUCGGUGUUGAUGAUUACUCAUUACUUACGAUUAUUAGAAUUUAUCAAGCCAACCUAUAUUCAUAUCAUGGAGAAUGGGAGAAUUGUGAAGACCGGAGACAUAUCAAUAGCUAAAGUUCUGGAGAAAGAAGGCUACAAAGCAAUUUCUGCCGCAUAGGGGCUGCCAUGAAGAAAGGCCCAUGACAAUGAUGAAUUUUCCAGCUUUUCGUGUCAGUUUCCAUAGCAAAAUUUGUUAAUGCUCCCUUUGUCCAUGGAGCCAGAUUUGACACUUAACUUAUUUGAGACAGUGACAAUGAGUGAUCUUCCACUUUGCUCAUCAAAUUACUCCGAAGAUGUCAAUACUCGAGAUGUAAGAGUAAGAAUAAGCCAUAUCCCCUGGUGUCGGCGAAAAGGGAAGUUGGACGCCAUGGGAUUGAGUCAUAAACUUCUUGUAUUUUGUUCCUACUCCAGUAUCUUUUUAGUUCUUUUUGUUUUUCUUUUAUGGGGGGGCGAUUGAUAUGUCAUAGAGUAGUCUAUGCAUCUUCUUUAAAAUGAGCCUGAUGCUGUAAUUUAUGUAUUUUUAGAAGAGCAUCAAUGCUGUGGACGACUUUUUACCUCUUAAUUCAAUUAGGGACAAUUGUUUUCUUGGU